CUCAAACAUAAAAAAGCAACUAUAAUUCUAAACUAACUAUUCCGGACGGAGAUACCAUACCCUCCGUGCCUCCGCCGUGCACUCGUCUGGUCAAUAUGGCGGAUAACCAAGCCCCGGGGAAAACCCCUGAAGCCACCACGGGAUCGGCAUCUGCUUCACCCACCCCUGCCGCGACGGCGCCUCAGCCGUCCUCCACCUUGCAUUCGGCCCAGCACUGGGCCCAAGUUGAACAAGAUCUCCCGCUACACAACAGCGACAACGACUCCGCCGUGGGAGACGACAACGCCAGUUCGACGGCGUCCAUCUCCUCCAGCAUCCUGAACUACAGAACGAUCAAUGGGAGGACCUACCAUUCCGAGAGGGGAAACGCUCAAUACUGGACUCCCAAUGACGACAAGCACAAUGAAUCCAUGGAUAUCUAUCACCACUUUUUUACCCUCGCACUCGAAAACAAGCUCUUCCUAGCACCCUUGAAGGAUGACAUCAAGAAAGUGCUUGAUGUCGGAACUGGCACAGGCAUCUGGGCCAUCGAUUUUGCGGACAAGUUUCCCGGUGCUGAAGUCACCGGCACCGACAUUUCCCCCAUCCAGCCCAGCUGGGUUCCGCCAAACUUGAAGUUUGAGAUCGACGACUGCACCCAACCCUGGUCCUUCGAGGAUAAUUCCUUCGACUACGUGCAUCUGCGGUUCCUCCUCGGCAGCGUCGACAGCUGGGACGAGCUGUUCGAGCAAGCUUACCGCGUCUGCAAGCCCGGUGGUUGGGUCGAGAGCCUCGAGUCCUCGCCCCGGAUAGAGAGCGACGACGGCACCGUCACGGAGGAGACGGCCAUCAACGAGUGGGGCAAGUUUUUUAUCGAGGGGGGCAAGAAGCUGGGUCGGCCGUUUACCGUCGUCGAUGAUGACUUGCAGAAGAAGGCGGUGGAAAAGGCGGGUUUCACGAAUGUCAACACUUGGGACUUUAAGGAAUGUAUUACCUGUCUCCCUGCACCACUCGGUGGCUGGCCCAAGGACCAGAGGAUGAAGGAGAUCGGCCGGUUCGUGCAAGUGGCGCUUGAGCAGGACCCUGAAGGCUACGUGCUGUACGUGGCCAGCGCUCUGGGUUGGACCAAGAGUGAAGUCAGUGUGUACUGCGUGCAGCUCAGGAAGGAGAUCCGCUCGGGCAAGUACCACCCCUUUUAUCGACUAAGGGCUGUCUGGGCGCAAAAGCCAGAGUAGGUCGAGCGGUCAUGGUGGAAAGGGGGAAAAGGGGGAGAGCAGGUUGCGUAAUGCCUUCCAUUAUCUUCCCGAUUGGCUCUCUUAAGCUGGCAGCUUCUUGAUGAGUAGUCAGGGUGUCGUCUAAGCAUAUGUUAUUGUCUUUCACCAUCUCCAUGCCCUAUGUAGAAAAGCUGGUGAAGGCUGAGUCACAGAUGGG